AUGCCUGUUGUAAAGGUAGCAGACGAUGUUGGGGACAUGAUGUCACUCCUUGAGGUCAAUGGGCGAUACUUUCCCAUACUGAGGACCCUUCAUCACCAAGAGGAAGAACUUCGUAAUAUGACGUCAUGGACAGCUAGGAGUGAUGACGUUCUCAUCUGUGCUUACCCAAAAUCAGGGACACAUUGGGUCUGGGAAAUCGUGAAGAUGUUACUGGGCCAAAAAGCUGUUCGAAUACCAUCAAUGAAAGAAUCAGCCAUGUUAGAAUGUAGUUCCGGUCUUGCUUUGCAAAAUAUGUCAUCACCUAGAGUACUGAACACGCACAUGCUAUUUUCAGAUAUACCUAAAGACUUUGUUGUAAAAAAAUGUAAGAUGAUCUACGUGCUUCGUAAUCCCAAAGACGUGGCCGUUUCCUUUUACAAUCAUCACGUACGACUACUCGACUACGAGUAUUCCGGAAGUUGGAGGUCCUAUCUGGGCCGUUUCCUAUACGGAAAAGUCGAUUACGGAUCCUGGUUCGACUACGUCCUUCACUGGGAAAAAUCAAUGAAGGCGUUUGCAGACCUUCCCUUCCACACCCUCACAUAUGAAAGUCUGCAUAAGUGCCCUGAACAUGAGAUCAAGAGCUUGGCAGAAUUUCUAGGAGUCAGUUGCAGUAGCGACCUGUCACAUGACAUUUCUGCUCAGUGUUCUUUCAGGGUGAUGAAAAAAGAAAAGGAUCCUUUAGAAGACAUUACGGAAUGGAAAGACGGAGAGCCAGGAAUGUACCGAAAAGGACACGUGGGAGAUUGGAGAAAUUGGUUCACGGUAGCACAGAAUGAAAUGUUCACUGCAGUGUACGAACAAAAAAUGGCAGAAUCUGGAAUCACACCAGUGUACACCCUACACGAAUAUCAGAGCACAUAGCACAGGAUGAGCUGUUUACAGCAAUGUACGAACAAAAAAUGGCGGACUUUGGUAUCACACCUGUAUACACCCUAAACGAAGAUCAGAAACCGUAGCACAGGAUGAGCUGUUCAAAACAGUGUAUGGACAAAAAAUCGCAGACUCGGGUAUUUCACCAGUCUACAACCUGAACAAAGACCAGAAUUACACAAAGUGAAAUGCAAUCCUUCCUGUUCAUUAUGCAAAUACUGAAGUAAAAUGUCAUUUUCUAAUAUUUUCAUUAAUCUACCAAAAGCUGCAAUUUUAUUGCACCUGACCUGUCCAAUUUUUACUGAAAAAUGCUCAGAAAAAAAAUGCAAACGCAGGAUUUUGAUCGUAACAUGUAGAACUUUAGAAUUGCAAAAGUUUUGAACAGUAGAGGGUACAAAUACAUUUUGUAUGAUAUACUGAAAUUAGCAAUUGAGAUUUUGUGUAUAUAUAUGCAUGUUUUGAAAUUAUCACCUUCCCUGUAGUAUUGUUUUUACAAUAUCUGGGCAAGAUGAUGUUUCAAUGGGCUGCUACAAUAAUAAUGAAUUGA